AUGACAUUAGAGAAAAAAGAUAGUGAGCUUGCCAGGACGGCGAGCGCCGGUGUUGCCUCCGUCGAUAUGCUCGACAAUGGCUCCAUCAAGCGUGAAUUAAAGCCUCGUCACUCGCAGAUGAUAGCCCUGGGAGGCUGCGUUGGAACUGGCCUGUUCGUCGGUACUGGCGCCUCGCUGGCCUUGGGCGGCCCAGCUCUGUUGCUGAUUGCGUUUAUUGUCAUGAGCUUCCUUGUCUAUCUCAUCGUCACGGCUGUUGUCGAAGUCGUGGCCUAUCUUCCGGUCGGUGGUGCCUCCAUGUCGUACUACGGCACUCGCUAUGUCUCCAAGAGUCUGGGAUUUGCCAUGGGCUGGCUCUACGUUUACUCCCUGGGCAUUCUGGUUCCAUAUGAAAUCACGGCCGGGGCCUUGGUCAUCGACUACUGGGAUAGUCCCGUCAAUGUGGCUGUCUGGAUCACCAUCUUCAUGGUGUUCAUCAUCGGCCUCAACUUCCUUCCCGUCAGCUACUACGGCGAGUCCGAGUUCUGGUUCUCCAGUAUCAAAGUCCUAACGAUUGCCGGCCUUCUGAUCCUCUCGUUUAUCCUGUUCUGGGGCGGUGGCCCUAAGCAGGACGGCAUCCUUGGGUUCCACUACUGGAAGGACCCUGGCGCUAUACACACCUAUCUUGCAGACGGCGACACGGGCAGAUUCGUUGCAUUCGUCCAGACCCUCGUCCUCAGUGCCUUCCCCUACACAUUCAGCCCAGAACUCCUCAUCGCAACCAGCGGCGAGAUGCGCAACCCCCAGAAAGACCUGCACAAAGCCGCCAAUCGCUUCAUCCUCCGCCUGCUCGUCUUCUACAUCGGCACCGUCAUCGCCAUCGGUGUCAUCUGCCCCUCAGACGCCGAAGACCUCAGCAGCGGCGGCACAAACGCAAAGUCCUCUGCCUUUGUCGUCGGCAUCAAAACCGCCGGCAUCCACUCCCUCGGCAGCGUCGUCAACGCCUCAAUCCUCACCAUCGCCUGGUCCGCCGGAAACGCAUACCUAUACAUGAGCUCGCGCGCCCUCUACGCCCUCGCCAUCUCCGGCCAGGCACCCAAGGUCUUCCUCCGCUGCACCGAGCGCGGUGUCCCCUACGCUGCCGUAAUGGCAUGCAGUCUCUUCGGCCUCCUCUCGUACCUCAACUGCGCCAGCAGCAGCUCCACCGUCUUCACCUGGUUCGUGACAAUCACCAAUACCUCUGCCUUUAUCUCGUGGAUCUGCUGCUGCGUCGUGUACCUGCGCUUCCGGGCGGCGUAUAACCGACAAGACCCGGAAACCAGACCUGAGCUGCCGUAUACCAGCUGGACGCAGCCGUACGGGGCGUGGUUCGGCCUGUUCUUUUUCACCGUGCUGAUGCUGAUUAACGGCUUUACGGUCUUCUUUCCUGGGCAGCUGACGCCGUCGAGCUUCUUUACGGCGUAUAUCGGCAUUCCGGCGUUUGUGGUGAUUUAUCUCGGGCAUAAGUUCAUCAAGGGCAGGAAGGAUCCGCUGUGGUUUGCGGCGGAGGAUAUUGAUAUUCGUGAAGGGUUGGAGAAUAUCCAGUAUUAA